AAAUCGUUCGUUGACGGCGGCGGUGGCAGCUCCUUUUUCAGCGAUUUGGCCGAAGAAGGAAGGCAAAGGCUCUCGAGAAGCACUUUGAAACUGUUUGAACCAAUAUUUAAUAAGUAAGACGACGAGGGCGACGACGUCUCGUGCCAAGUGCAAAGCGCUAACACGCGUUCGGGUGCGUUUCGCGAAUUUUGCUACGUGUAGACUUUAUAGAGAAGAGUAGAAGAAGGCGAAAAUAAAAAUAAUAAAAAAUAACGAAAACGUUCAAUUGUUUGCAGUUAAGAACUUGUUGCCUUUGGUUGAAAAUAAAAAAAAUCGGGUCGCCGGUGCUUGCUGCAAGAGUUCGCGAGCCUGAUUCGUGCUUAAGCGUCUCAGGGGUCGAUCGAGUUCUCGAGCGUGAAAAUUGCGGAUACAAGUAGAUCAUUCUGGCCAAACUGGAAGUACUCCCGUGCCUCUCGAGUUUCAUUCAAUGAAUUUGGCUUCAUUCAGCAAUUCCCUCAUCACGAAUUCUGUACAAUCGGCGUUGCUUAGAACUUCGAAGAAUUGCUGUGGCAAGCGGAGCUUUGGGUUUCAGCCUUGAUCGCGUAUGUUAGCAGGGCCAAAGCGAGGAAUUCCAGCAGCAGCAACAACCGCACAGUGUAGUGACGGGGUGCAUCCGGACAGCGCACACAGAUUCUCAUAGGAGGAUUGACAGUAGCGAGGCAAUUCACUUUUGGCCGGCGCAUGGGAACCUCUUCGGUGCCAUAUGUGUUGGUGCGGUCAGUCGAGGCGAGCGUGUACGAUUGAAAAACGUGAUGAAUAUUCAUGGAAAUUGAUUUCGGGUGUCUUUCCAACCUGUUUUUUUGGUUUAAUUUUUUGUUUCGCUUUCGUACUUUAUCUAUCGAGUUUGUUUCGUUUCACGUUUCUUCGCCGGUUGUGAUAGUGUAAGCUUUGCGCGCGCUCGAUAGGAGAGUAAAAAAAAAGAGGCAUUCUUCGUAUAGAUUAUGCUUAUGAGCACUCGGUUCAGUAAUCACGGACGGCGAGAUCCGAGAAGCGGUUCUGCAAACGAACAGAGCGUAGUGAGCGAUAAAUCGGAAAAGAAAUGCAAGGUGGUGAUUUGUUGGGUGACAUUUUCCCAUCUUUUUUAUUUUGCUGACAAAAGAAGAGUGAAAGAAAAUAAGCACGAAUAAAUUUGCACUAGUUGUGAAGUGUCGUUCGGGGGUUAGAGAAGAAAAUAAACGAAGAAAGUACACACAGUUUGAUGCUUUUGUUCUAUUUGGAAGCCAAUUCCGCGUAAUUUAAGUAGUAGAAAAAGUUGGCGCGCUUAGUGACAGCAAAAGAAGACCACUUUGAUGAAAAGAGCCGUUUUGUUCGAAGCAAAUUAGAAGCGAAUUGUCAGAUAAAUCAAAAAAAGCAACAACAUUUGCGUGUUGACGGAAGAAGUAAGCGGCAGAACGUGCUUUGAUUGCUUUUUUUUUCAAAUCGUAAGACGAACGUGGGCGUUUCGGCUAGGACGUUUCGGGACUUAGUUCGCAACAGCCGCUUCAUGUAUUGACACGUGAAUCAGGGGCUGUCAAACUCCGCCGGUGCGCGGGCCCACAUCAUCCUCCGUUCGAGCUUCGAGAUCGAAGACCCUGGCAGUGGCCGAGGCCAGGGUGCCGCUAUUACUGGUGGUGGUAGACAGGACGACGACAACAGCAACAACGACGACGACGACGACAACAACAACGACGACACCGACGGUCUUUCCGUUGUCCGCACGAUCGGCGGUUUCCGCCAGUGGUGCAUUACCUGUUUCUCCUCUUGCUACACGAUGACGACCCGUUGGUCUUCGCCCAAGUGCUGGAUUUACACCGUCGUCGGAGGAGUGCUGCUGAUAAUAGUGACGUUGAUAGUGAGCUUUGUGCACCAUGGAAAUGCAAACCAGCAUCAUGUGAUUGAUAACAGUGAUAACAGUGUGGUGGAUCGGCUAGGUGCGUUCCCGCGAAAAGUUGGAGAAGGACUUCCAGUGACGCCGACGGGUAUGCCCCCAGGUGGAACUGGAACGGCGCAUGGUAGCACAACAGAUGAUGCAAACAUUCUGCGAAAACCGCUGGACGGUUCGAACGGCACAUCUUCUUUCUCUCCUACCGCCACCACGCUCGUGACCGGUCACGACACCAAUGGGAUCCCACGGCUGCAAGAUUCAGCCUCGUCGGAGGAGGUCCUCCUCAUCAAACCUACCAAGCUGACCCAGCCCCUGCAUGCCGACGAUCUGCUGUACGAUUCCAAGACGACAAGUGCCGAUACCCCCGGAGCUCAGCUUGCACCAAAGUUCCACUGGACCGGAUUGUUCCGCAAUCAAUCCUCGCGCAUCUGGGAUCCACAUCCGGAGUACAAGAUCGAGGCGUUUGGCCUCAAAAUGCACAUAAAACUGUCGCAAGAUAGCAGUUUUAUGCCUAAAGAUAUUAAGGUGACACAUGUAUGGCCAAACGAAACACUUCGCAAACCGGAGGACCAUUUAGAUCAUGCCGGCCUGCAGGGAUGCUUCUACCGGGGUCGUGUGGAGGGCGAUAAAAAAUCCACCGUCACUGUAUCGCUCUGCGGGGGAAUGAGAGGACACAUUCGUACUUCAAAUGGUUCUUUUUUCAUCGAACCAGUGGAGACAUAUUCAAACGAAGACACCAAUAUCUGGCACACCCUCUCGCGGGAACGUGUUUCGCAGGAGAUUCUGACUGUGGAUGAUGACGUAAUAGAACCGGCGGAAAAAAACGCCGGAAGUAAUUGCGCCCUGGAUACCAAACAAGAAGAGCACGAUAAACACCUGGAGAGCAUCGAGUUGAACGGCAACGAUGACGACGGGAGCCCCACGGCAGCCAACGGAGGCCACAGUCGGCGCAAGCGCAGCACGGCCCACAUCACGAACAACGAGUACACGAUCGAGGUGCUGGUCGCCGUGGACAAGAAAAUGCAGGAAUACCACCGCGAUACGCUCAAGUCCUACGUGCUGACGCUGAUGUCGAUCGUUUCCAGCAUUUACGCCGACGCCAGCAUUGGAAAUUCAAUUAAGAUAGCAGUCGUGCAUAUCCUGUACCUCCACCAGAACCUCGCGGCACACAGUGCGCUCGAUCUCAAUGGCAGCAAAGGCGUUUCCGCUUCCGAGAUGCUGCAGGCGUUCUGUCGGAUCAAGCAGGCUUCCAACUUUCACCACGACACGGCCUUCCUGCUGACGCGGGAGCAAAUCUGCCGGCACCAGAUGAAGUGCGACACCCUCGGGCUGGCCGAGCUCGGAACCAUGUGCAAGCGGUCCUCGUGUGCGAUCGUGCAGGAUAAUGGCCUGUCGGCGGCGUUCACGAUCGCCCACGAGCUUGGUCAUGUACUCAGCAUGCCCCACGAUGACGACGUACGGUGUGGUCCGUUUCGGGGCGAGAGCAGCACCAAGCAGAACAUCAUGUCUCGCAUGUUGGACCAAAAUACCCAUCCCUGGUCCUGGUCGAACUGCUCCCGGCAUUUCGUCACGGAGUAUCUGGAAACAAACCACGCCAGCUGCAUGCUUGACAAACCAACAACCGAUCUGAUCGAGCCAUCCUCCUCGCAAACCAAACUGGCGGGGGAGAAGUUCACCAACAACCAGCAGUGCGAGCUGGUGUUUGGCAACGGAUCGCGUAUCUGCUCGUAUAUGCCGGUAUGCAAACGACUUUGGUGCAACAACGGUGAUGAAUUGCUCGGCUGUAGGACGCAGCACAUGCCCUGGGCGGACGGAACUAGCUGCGGGGAGAAUCAGUGGUGCCAGAAGGGCGAAUGUGUUCAUGUGAACCGAGAGGCUCUGCAACCGCAGGACGGUGGCUGGGGCCAAUGGAGUCCAUUUAGCGAAUGCAGCCGAAGCUGUGGCGGUGGCGUGCAGACAUCCACGAGAGUGUGUGAUUCGCCUGCACCGGAGAAUGGUGGAAAGUAUUGCAUUGGAAUAAGGAUGCAGUACCGAUCGUGUAAUACGCACGAUUGUCCGGACGAUACGCUGGACUUCCGGGAAGAGCAAUGCCAUGAGCUGGAUGGAAAUAAUUUCGAGAUUCCAGGGUUGGAGAAGAAUGUCAAGUGGAUACCGAAGUACGGCGUCAAGGCGGACGAUCAGUGCAAGCUGUACUGUCGGGUGAAGAAUUCCAAUAGUUACUUUUUACUGCGCGAUAAGGUCAAGGAUGGAACUUCGUGUACCCAUCCGCACGAGAGCUACGAUAUGUGCAUCAAUGGGCAGUGCAGGAGGGCCGGCUGUGAUUACGUGUUCGAUUCCGAUGCUAAAUUGGACAAAUGUGGCAUAUGUCGAGGUAAUAAUGACACUUGCGGCGAGGUGAACGGUGUGUUUCCUUUCAGCAAGAUUCACUUCCUGAAGAAACCGUACGUGCAGAAGAUCGUUCGUAUCCCACGGGGAGCCACCAACAUCGAGAUUAUUCAACGGGGCUACAAAGAUGAUGGGAACUAUCUAGCUCUCCGAGACGAAAACGACGAUUACAUUUUCAACGCUCCGAAAAUGACCGUUGUGACCGGAUUCAAGAGGCGUCUGUUCGCGGGUGUUAUGCUGGAAUACAACGGACCGGAUGAGCCAAUCGAAAUUGUCCGGUCCGAUUUCGGGCAUCCGUUGAAGCGAGAUUUGGUUGUGGAAAUCUAUUCCCACUCGAAGAUGCAUCCCGUAAGCGAAAACAUUGUCGAAUAUAGUUUCACCAUUCCAAACGAUAGGCCACCUGUUAGCGUAACCAAGUCGACUCCCACCUUUGUUCAACAUUAUCCAAGUCAAAACAGCAUUCCGAACUACCAGUGGAAGAUGUCCGAGUGGAGCGAGUGCGAUCAGAGCUGCUCCGGAAAACGGCAUCGAACGGCUGGUUGUUACGAUAUUGAAACCGGCAAAGAAAAGCCUAUCUCAUACUGUCGCAAUAGUGCUAAACCUAGAGAAGACUAUGAACCGUGCAAUAUGGAGUGUAAAUUCGAAUGGGAGGCAACCACUUCCGAGUGUUCCAAUUCCUGUGGCGAAGGAGUCAAAAACGUCCAGUAUCAGUGCGUGCAGCGAUACAUUAAAACCCAGCAAACCAAUCCAGUUGAUCCGACCUAUUGUGCCAACAUUCGCAAACCAAACAUCCUGGAGAAAUGUCACGGUCCAUGUCUGGAUGCAACCUGGUCGUACAGUGAAUGGGACCCGUGUUCACGCACGUGUGGUGGUGGAAGGCAGAAUCGUACCGCCCGGUGCCUUUCGUCUCCCGAUGGGUUCCGGAUAAGUGAAAGCUUUUGCGCCGAGAAACCAAAGGAGGAAAUUUACCGACGCUGCAACGUCGACAGCUGUCCCGAGUGGGUCACAGGAGAAUUAACCCCGUGCUCGGUGACCUGUGGCGAAGGACAGCAACGGUAUGCUAUCUACUGUGUACUAAACAAUGUUAGCGUAAACGCAGCUUUAUGUGGCACCCGUCCGGUCGCAGUGAUCGUCAACUGUACCAUGCCACCCUGCGAGAAGAAGCAAGAACCACCUGCCUACGCUUACUCGGGAGAGGAAACGAAGCCGAUCAUCGCUCAGCACGAUAGCAAUUACUACUCGGCGUUGCACACGGGCGUCACGUACAACAAUGUGUCCUCGUCGGCCCAUCCGUACAAGUGGUGCACCAGCGUCUGGAGCAUUUGCAAUGCCAAGUGCAACGGGGGCAUCAAACAGCGGAAGGUACAGUGCUGCUACAAGCACAACGAGUCCCGCAUCGUGGACGAUUUGUACUGCCACAAGGAGAAGAAACCGUCGGUGCAAACUAACUGCGGCAACUUCCGGUGUCCCCAGUGGAACUUUGGCCAGUGGGGCGAGUGCAAUGACGAUUGCAAGCGCUAUCGUCAGGUGCUUUGCCAAGAUCACCGAGGUACGGAAAGUACCGAAUGCCCAGUGAACCAGAAACCACCCGAGGUGGAGUCGUGUUGCCAUUUCCGAUGGAGGAUUACAAACUGGAAGCCUUGUAACGUGACGUGCGGUGGUGGUGACGGUUACCGAACCGGAGAGCGUGUCUGUAUGCGUCUAUUCCCGAAGUCCGUCGACAAUCCGCACCCGGUAAAGACUGGCCGCAAGGUGGAUGCCAAACAAUGCGCACACGUGAAGAUUCCACCGGCCAAGAAGCUUGUACGCAAGUGCAAACCCUGCCAGUUCCGUUGGGAAGUGUCCCCGUGGUCAAAGUGUUCCGUUGGCUGUGGAGUUGGGCUGGCGACUCGCAAUGUCACCUGUAGCAACGGCCGAAGUCCGUCCAAUGUUUGCGACGCCAAACACAAGCCGAGCAACGCGAAAACCUGCGAAACGCAAAGCUUCUGCCGCUGGACCACCGGACGAUGGAACAGAUGCAAGUGCGAUGGCUUUCAGAGACGGGGCGUCAAGUGUUACGAUGAGCUCACUAAAAGCGAAUCGAACCGCUGCCCGGAACCGCGACCGACACAGAAGAAAAAGUGUACCCCGACGCCCGACUGUCGGCCACGGUACAGCAAAUCGAUCAGCUUCACCUGCCAGGAUGUACAGCGAAACCGGCAAACUAGACGGGACGGCGAGUACGCUCUCAACGUCAAGGAUAGACUGGUAACGAUUUACUGUCACAAUAUGACGUCCAGCACGCCGACCGAGUAUCUCACGCUUAAGUCAGGCCUGGUCGAGAACUACGCCAUCUACAAUAACAAGAGAGCCUCCAAUUCCCAAGUUUGUGCGCCAUCCUCAGAGGAUUUUGUAGAUGAAAGUAUCGCAUACGGCGCAACCCAUUACCGGAAGAUCCGGCUUAACAUCCAAACGCUGCAGGUACUGGUGGAUGACCACCGAUUUACCGACCGUUCUGGGAAGCCUCAGUCAUUCGGUUCGGCCGGAGAUUGCUACAGCAUUACGGGCCGAUGUCCGCAGGGAGAUUUCUCGAUCAACCUGGAGAACACGCCGUUCCGAAUUCGACCCCGCACCAAGUGGGAAACCAAGGGGCAGAGUGCGGUCAUACAAUUCCUGAUACCGCUGGAGGCACCGUUCCAAAAGGUGCGAGCGCGCUGUGGUGGCUAUUGCGGAACUUGUUCAGUGUCCCAAAGUAGUGGAUUGUUCCUAGAAUUGGUUUAAGCAAUAACUGCAGCCAAACCUGCGUGCCAGUCGUCUAGUGUAAAUGAUCCACAUUGAAAUACGUCAUUUACAACAACAACAACAACAGUAGCAACAACGCAAUCCUGCCAAGGGGCAGUGGCGAUGUUGAACCGGCCCAUCAAGUAAUUGCAUUUGUUUAGAUGGAAAUCGCAUGAGAUCGACGACCAGAGCUGCCACUGACAAAAACUUGUACUAUUUUGUGCCAACACAACCACACAUUAUUUUAAGCAAAAAAAGAGUAUUUAUUGAAAACAAAAAAUGCCUUAAACACAGCAACUCAAUCUGUGCUUUAUAAGUAAGAAAAAUCUUUUUCAAACUUUGAAAAAGAUGUUCACAAUAAACAAAAGCGAAAAAACAGAUCCUGCGAGAGUCGAUCUGGCAAAAGGAGCAGUGCUGCCAGCUAGAGAGCAAAUCAAGACUGACGAAAGGUUGGAGCUUAUUUUAACGAGUAAUUUACUGCUGUAGCGGCAGCGGAACCGUCUGUAACCGCAGAUUGACACUCGCAGCCACCUGAUCAAUCACCUCCUCCUGUCCCAGUUGUUCAGUUUUAUCGAGCAAAUUGUGACAGUGCGGAACGCUUUGGAUAUUAUUAAAUUCAUAAGAGCUAUACUAUAAACCACUUGACAUUGUUAAUGUGUGUGUGCUUCCAUGUUAGUAGUUAGCCGACCGCUUGCGAAACGAAUUGUUCAGAUUUUUUACCCUUACUAAAACCAACAAAUGUGUCAUAAUGUGCCUCGAAACUCAAAGUGCUUUCUACGGAAACAAUCGAAUCGUCUAGGAACUCACCAAAGUACAAAAAGUUUUGGAAUCUCAAUGUGAGUCUUCUGGAAGACUUAUUAAACUGCGUUCAAAAAUACUCAACUGUAGCUUAAAAUCAAUACAAACAUUAUUCGCAGCAUACCACUAAUCGUAUCUCAACUAAGUAUUAUACAGAAGCUCCUCAAUGUCCUAUCAAUUAUAUUUAAAAAUAAAUACUAGAGAAUAGUGAAAAAAGGCAAACAGUGUUCAAACGAGUAGAAAGCAUUGAAUGAGCCACUUUGUGCGAACAAACGGGCCCACAGUUCAUAGGAAGAAAAGUUUUUUUUAGUGUUCUAACAAAGUUUUUUGUCCGAGAAAAAGCACAAUUUGUUUAGAGAAAGUUUUGGCAAUCUAGGUUUAGUAAAACAAGUCGACAAUCUGCCGCCCCGUCAACGUCAACAAUGUGAAAAAAAACAACAACAACGGAAUGUAUCUACAAGGAAGCAUCAUACUGCCAUACCUAGAUGUAGCGUUACGUCCUACGAUUGUUCGUAAAAAUUAUCUAACUUCUCGAGUUCUAGAUUAUAGAUGUUUUUUGUUUGUCAUUUGUACUUUCAACAAAUGCCACCGCCAAGAGAAACCUUAAAAUAUAUAAUACUUUAGGACUAUAGAAGCAUACUAAAACCUGAACCAAUACCGUUUGAGUUAGUUUGGGAGAAAAGUAUUAUACACUGGUCAAUUUUUUUAACUUUUGAUAAACCAACCGCAAUCGCAUCGGGAUGGAAUAAUAUUCUUACUAUUCCCCCGUUUUUUAUAUAUGAUAAAAUGAAUCCAAAAACAAACGCAAGAGAGGAACCAAACUCUUAACGACUAUUCCUUGUAAAUAUCACCGUGACUAAGCUAUAGCGUUAAAGUUUAAAUUCCUAAAUCCCCGACCGUCGACUCCAUCCCGUUUUUAUCACAAGCUGUCAAAAGCGAUCCAACUACAAAAUUCUGCUGAAAAAUUUAUUAUAUUUUUUGCACAUCCGCGAUUGUUUUAGACAAAAUAUAUUUAUUUAUUGAAAAUUUACAAACUAGGUAAAUUUAGUUAUUAGUUAGUUUCUAGCACAGUUAAGCGGUGCUUUUGUGUAAUUUUUUGCCAUAUCUAAUAAUAAAGAAUGCUAUACCACUGUCAAUACAUGCAUAUAUUGUGAGGAAAAAAUACGUAUUUGCAAGCAUUGUACUGUUUUUUUUUCUUUUGUCGAAUUAGCACGACCCAAAAUCGAACAUCUUUGAAGGAUUUUAAUUAAAAGAAGAAAAAGUUUGAAUAAUACAAGCGUAAAAGUAUAACCCAAGUUGCCGUACAGUAGUGUUAAAUGUUAUGAAAUUUUGAGUAAUAAAAUUGUUCGCAAAAGAAACUUGUC